AUGGCUCAACUGCAGAACAUAACACUUCAAUGGUACUCCCAGUGGCGAAAAAUUUUGGGAGAAUUAGUGGCAACAUGUAUGUUAGUAUUCUUUGCCUGCAUGACGUGCAUUCCUCUUGAUGGGAUACACCCUAAUCCCUCACUAUACAGUCCAAUAGGAAUCGGUAUGGUCAUCGUUCUCAUUGCUCAAAUCUUCGGGCAUAUUACUGGAUGUCAUAUAAGCCCUGCAGUGACGUUAGCGGGUAUCAUCUGGGGUAACACAUCAAUAAGUCUUGGGAUUGCUUACGUCAUAGCUCAAAGUGUUGGAGCCAUCUUAGGUUAUGGUAUUUUGAUGGUUUUAUCGCCUAUUGAUUUGAUACCAGGAAGUGUAUGUGUCACUCAACCACAUGUUGAACAUUCGGUGUUUCAAUCAUUAUUAUUUGAGAUCGUAUUUACUGGUGCCUUAGUACUCGUAGUGUGUUCUAUGUGGGAUCCAGUGAAUGAACAUAAAACUGAGGCUAACUCUCUGAAAUUUGGUCUCGCUAUUGUUGGACUAAUAAUUGCUGGUGGACCUUUAAAUGGAGGUAGUAUGAACCCAGUAAGGUCUCUGGGUCCAGCAAUAUGGACAGGAAAAUGGACUUCACAUUGGAUAUAUUGGAUUGGACCACUAAUUGGAGGAGUAUUGGCGUCAACUCUUUAUAAAUAUGUUUGGAUUAAGAUAGAAAAAGUUGAAGAACACAAAAUGCAACCAUUAGCAGCUAAUGAAGAAGAUUGUGAAUGU